GAGGAGGAGGAGAGGAGGAGGAGGAGACGGUGGAGGUGGAGGAGGUAGAGAUCGUCAACGUCAUACAGCAGAAGCCGGUAGAAAAGAUCCUCAUCAAGGAGGUGCCUCAGCCGGCGAAGAUGGACACGCGUUACUUCGGCGAGCUGCUGGCCGACGUCUACAGGAAGAACUGCGACAUCCACUCCUGCAUCUCGGAGCACGUGUCCAAGAUCCGCGGACAGAAACACAAGCUGGAUCUCAGCAGUGACAAGGUGGAGAAAGAGGAGGUGGAGGCUUUGAUUCCCAAAGGAACCACUGAACUGACCAAACAACAAAUCCGCUACCUGCUGCAGACUCGUCUCACUGCUGAUAAGAGCAUGCGUCUGCUGCUGUCCACCUUCAGCAGUCUGAGAGAGGAGCUCCUCCACAUGUCCGAGGACCUGCGGCGUCUGGAGAGUGAGAAGGAGUCACUGGAGAGAGACCUGAGUUUCAAAGCAGACCAGGCUCGGCAGUAUGACAGCCUCCUGGAGGCCGUGCGAGAAAACAACAGACAGCUCCAGCUGUCUCUGAAGGAAACCUGCACAUCCCAGCGCUCCCUGGAGAGUCAGCUGAUGAGCAGCCGAAACACCGACUCGGGCCGUGAGUUCAAGAUCAAAGAGCUGGAGGGAAGGAUGAGAGCGAUGGAGAAGGAGAACGAGCUGCUCCGACAGAAGCUCGCAGGCCAGAGCAGCAGCUCCACCCUGCACAUCAAGACAGAGGAGCUGUCACGUCAGUACAAAGAGCAGCUCAACUCCAUCAGACAAGAGAAAGACCAGGAGAUACAGAGGCUGAGGACCCAGAUCACACGAGUCCAGACGGAGGUCACCGGUGACAGGUCGUCCUCAGAGAAGAGUCUUCAGCUGAGGAUCUCGGAGCUGCUCGCCACGCUGGAGCAGCGGCAGAGCACCAUCACCCGGCAGGAGGAGGAGAUCAGGAGGCUGAUGCUCGAGAAGAACGAGAGCGCCAAGAACCAAGUCACCAAGACCAUCAUCACCAAGAGGUACAGGAACCAGUAUCCCAUCCUUGGUCUGCUCAGCGAUGACUAUCAGGCCACUUCACCCGUCAAAGAGGCCAAGACCAUCAUCAUCGAGAAAACUGGAGAGAUGAUCAAACAGGAAAUCAUUACAACCCCUUAAAAGACACACUGCUUCUCUCCGACAGGAAUGAUUGAACGACAAGAAGAUGGCGACGACCCCCUCCCCCCCACACACCUUGCAUGCCGCCCCCCCCCCCCCUCCCCUCCCCUCCCCUCCCCUCCCCUCCCCUCCCUCAUCCUCAGGGCUCCCAGGGUUGGUGCUGGUUGAAAUCUCCCCUCUUACAUUAUGAUUUGGGAUCACUAAUUUAGAUCUUUGGUUUGACCAAAUUGGGCUUGAUGGGGGUGACUUUUGUGUUUUAAUAAAAAAAUUUAAUAAAAUUAAAAAAAUUUAAAAUGGGAACAGUUAAAAUCAGAUCUUUUCAGACUAUACUACAGCCAGGCGGCUGUGCAGUGGAUUCAGGUUGCAUCAAUGACAACUGGGAACUGGGCGAGAUUUGAGCUGAACAGAAGACGGCUGUAUUAAAAAAAAAGAAAAAGAAAAGCUGAGAUUAUAUAUUUGACAUGAAUUUUCACACCUUCAUUAUUUUAUUCUGCUUGAUUAAGUAAAAGUUUAAUGUCAAAAACAUCUCAACAAAUGUCACAAUUAACCAAUUAAAACAUUGUCUGUCUCCCACACUGACUACUACACUAAAUGUCUUUUGAGAAACACUAAAAUAAAAACACACCCUAACACACUUAUUGCUAAUGAUCUCUCACCAGAACUGACUGUAUCACUAACACAAGGCAUACACAGUAUUUCUAUGAGGAAUAGAAUAUGACAAGGUAAAUACACUAGAAUAUGGCUCUCUGCAGUAGGAUUGGGAAUUGUGUGGAAUUCAUAUUGCUCAUGAUGGAAUCACUAAACAGGUGAUUCUGUGAUAUACUGCAAGACAGUCAUCUGUGAUACAUUACAGUGUGCGCACCUGAAGAGGACACCAUUCAUAAAAUGGCAGAAUAUAUGUUAAAGAAAAUAUAUAUAUACAUAUAUUUGCUGCUAGCUUAGUUGCUCAUAGUUGUGCAUGGACAAAAUGAGAUUAAAGUGAGGCACAACAUCAAACUGUCAGGAAGUGGAACAGUUCGAUAUUCUGGAGUAAAAGAAGAAGAAAAGAAAGUUUCAGCUGUCUCAGUAUCACAGAGACCGUGUUGCGAUAUAUUGCUGUUCUAAUUCUUUGUCCCAUCCCUACUUGCAGAUGAGCUAAUGAGCUACAGUAAGGCUGCAUUUGGCUCCACAUGGAUGUUUGUCCUCCCUCAUUUAAAAUGUCUGACGUCACAUGUAUUUUAUCAUCCGUGGUAGUAUAAAACCGCUGAAAUAACACAAUGGCGAUUAUGUAGGACACACUGUAUAGAAUUAAUAUAUGGUAUGGACACGCCAUGUGAAGCAAAAGGGGUAAUAUCCUCCCUGCCAGCAUGAAGUAUAUCAAACAGCAAGCUGAUGUCACACAGGUUAGGUGCUGUGCUGUAGAUGUGCUAUGGCAAAGAAUCCUGUGCACAAAUAGAGCUAGGUAUCAUUUUACACCUUCUAAUACCAGUGUCAAUUCAAUGCCUGAGUUUUAUAAAAACUAUAUGUUUCUCAGUCUCCCAUUUUGACCAGUAUCAAAGUUCCAUUUAACAAAAGGAUCAAAAGUUCUCAAAUAUUAAACACAAACAACUGAGCAAGAACUUACUUUGUGAAAAUUGGAAAUUAUUAUUCACAACAGUAAAUGUCUCUGUAAAGAAAAAGUCAACCCGACUAUAAAGUUGAGCAAUGCCAACUGUAGCUACUUGAAAGUUGUUGCUACACGCUGCAACAGCCCGACAAAUUUAAGUCAGAGUUUAAAAAAAGUUAAAUUAAGAUAUGGUUUCAUCAUCAGCUUAGGGCUUAUGUCUCGUAUUUCACCACUAGGGGGAGUCACUAACGGGAAGACAGUGUGCUAAUGUGGAACCAAAUGCUGCCUGUGCAACUAAAGCAGUGCUGUCCCAGCUUCUAGUUGUCACUAAUGCACGUUGAGCCCAGACUGGUACCAUCUAGCAUGUAGCAUGAGACCCUCCUCAAAGCCACCACAGCCAUGCUAGCCCGGGGGAAGAGGAAGUGUAUUCCUACUCUGCAUGUAAAUAUUUAUAUAUUAUUAAGACGGGCAUGCUAAGUGAAUGUUUUCUCCAAUGUGACUGUAGAGCAGCCCUCCUGCAAUACGGUUUGAGGAACAUUUGAGGAAUGUUCUGAUCGGGUAGAUUGUUUUUCUCUUGUGUAAAAUGGUAGUUUGUAUCUGUAUCUCAUGUGUUUGUAUAUGACAGUGAGAUCUGGGUCGGGAGUUGUGCGAUGUCUCACAUCCAUGAGAGGAAGUGCGAGCCUGCGCCGACUCCCAUGGGUGUGAUGCAUCGCAGUGGGCGGGGUGGGGGCUGUAACUGGAUGUAUGGAGCUGGAGCAUGAUUUAAUGGGGGUUUUUUAUGAUGGUGGAAGAAAAUGUUAAAGCACAAUAUUAUGUUAAGUGUAUAGUGAGUUUUUCCUCUUCCUGAGUUUUCCUGGUUGCCUCUGUUCAGGCUUUGUGUCCACCGGGUGCUCGUCUUUAAGGCGCUGCAGCCUGUUUUGCCAGAUGACUCACAGACUGAUUUUAAACUAGUUGAACAUAAAGCGACUGCUACACUACAGAUAGUUCUGUUUUGAUGAAGUAGUAAGGAUGUAAUGACUACAUAUGUACAGGACAUUUAUUACCAGCAACAGCUAAAAAUAUUUUGUAAGUGACUGAGGAAUCAACAAUGGAAUCACAGUGAAACAAAUUAUCAGCAUAUUUUUCUCUUUUCUAUUCGUCAGUUGUCUCUCUGCUUCAGUUUGACAAAUACGCAACUUUCAACAUGUGCUUCAAUGUGCUGUCUAUUUGUAUUUUCUCUAGUGCAUGUAGACAUGUUUAAUUCCUAUAAACAAGUUCCAACAACGCAUGAACUGUACCCUUAGUUUAACCACAAGCAGGGUAAAAAAGACUUUGUUUCUUCUCAUGUAGUUUUCACAAAGCCUCCUGCAAACUGUUUGUGUACGUUACAGACUUGCAUGACUGUACUUGUAGUAGGGCUGGGCAUCGAGCUUCGAUACUUUUAUGGAGCGAUACUAUCGAGGAUUUCAAAAGUGUCCCUGUAAUUUUAUACCAAAUUUUGAGUAAGUGAGUAAAUCUCAAUAAGCAUGCAGCGUGCUUGGAUCAUGAUCUAAUAAUGCUGGUGAUCGGCUUUUUAUUUACACAUACACAUUUGAGUUUGUGAAGAGACCUUUGUUUUUGUUAAAAUGGAUUUGAUAAAAUUGGUAUAUCGUUAAGAAAAGAUAUCGAGGUCAAGGUAUCGGUAUCAGUACAGGUAUCAAAGAUUAUUGAACGAUACCCAGCCCUAAGGACAGAGUAGUUGUGGUUGUUGUUGUUUUUUGUGUAUUGGAGUCAUUAUUGAUUUACUGCUGGUGGGGGAUUAGCAUGAGUUUUUAAGAUGUAACAAAAAUUUUUGUGCAACAGAUAAAACGUUACAUGCAUACUUACGAUACAUUUACUGUAAAUGGUUUAACAGGCUGCAGCACCAUUAAAACAUCUUAUUUAACAAGCACCACGCUUCACAAACAAGUAUCAGCCACACUGCAACUCAUUCCCCCCGAAACUUCUCAUGAACAGUUGUGACAGAAAUGAGCCACCCGGUGGACACAGAGGCAAAUCUCUGUAGGACUCCUGCAAAAGGAUUUUGAUUAUUAUGGAACUUCAAGUGCCUUAUUGUUGUUUAUCAUGUUAGCAAGGUAAUGUUAACUAAGCAUCAGCGUUUGGUUGUGAAUAAUAUCUGGUCAUUUUCAAACAUUUUUGGCAGCGUCGGACCAUUUGCUUGCUACGUGGGUAAUCGCUGAGAAAACCAAACACUGCCUUUCUUUGUCUGCAAAGGGAUAAUUUAUACACCGAGCUAAAUUACCUGGUUGUUGCUAAUCUGCAAAUAGAUAUCUCUACAUAUAUUUUUGUAAUGCAAAAAGAUUUUCUUUAUUUUCCAGUCCAAGAGGCUUCGGCCCGCUCUCCUGGCUACACGGCCCCAGUCCUUUUCAAUGAGAACUGUUUGAGCUGUUAUGGAUCGUGAUUAAAAUCAAUAAUGUGUCUUUGCAUAA